AUGACCUCAACACCCCCCUCACCGCCGCACCGCACCGGCACAUCCUCCUCCUCCUCCUCCAACCCAAUACAGUACUCACAAGCAAACGCAUCCGCCCAAGCACCACCCCCGAAACCCCCAGCGCCGGCUGUGAGUAUUCUUCCCGGCCAGCUCGCCCGGGUAUACUCCUUUGCACAUCCUGUGCUGCUACUAGCUCUGUUGACGGUACGCUUCGGCAAGUUCGUGGAAGACCCCGUCGGUGAGCUGUUGGGUGAUUUGCCCGUGUUGGCGGGUUUGCAGGUGCUGUAUGCGGUGCUUUGCUUGCCGCCUGCUGGUGCGCCGUCAUUGAAGGCCGGAGGAGGCGAGGCGAGUUCGAGCGGGGAGGGUACGUUUCUUAGACCGGGGAGGGUUGGACUGCGACGGAAGCAUGCGAAAGAGGUUGGGAUUUCUGUGAAGGUGGUUCCUGCAUUGAUCGCAUUGACGUUGACAACUCUCCUCGCAACCCCCAUCCUCUCAAUCCUCCUCGUCCUCUUCGGCGCCCCGCUCACAACGCACAACCUCGAGACCAUCCUCUGCGCAGCGCACAUGGCUGUCCUCUCCGCGACAGCACUAGUCUACGUCCACGGCGUCGACGGGAGUACCUGGCGGGAAGUCUGGGGCGUGGCAAGACCCGCGGAUGCGGUUUGGGGCGGAGCGCUGGGGACGGGCGUGGGUGCUUGGUUUGGCGCCGUGCCUAUUCCGUUGGAUUGGGAUCGUCCGUGGCAGGCUUAUCCUAUUACUAUCCUGACAGGUGCGUAUAUCGGGUACGCGGUUGGGUCGUUGAUUAGUCGGUCGUCGUGGUUGUUUGGGAAGAGGAUUCAGUUUACGCCUGAGGUUGAGGAAGAUAUGGAUAAGAAGACUGAGUAG